AUGUGCACCGACCGGAAGACAUGGGUUCAGCACCGGCUCGCAAUGGAUGUCACCUCAAAUGCUGGCAUGGAGCUUGCUUUUGAUAAAGUUGUUGAAGACUUAGGCAAGGUGGAUAACUGUAUUACAUGUGCUGGGGUUGCUCUUGAUAAACCCUUUCUCGAACACACAUGGGAAGAGUCUCGUCGCAUUCUUGACAUUAAUGUCCUUGGGUCAUUUUUCUCGGCACAGCUGGCUGCCAAGCAAAUGGUCAAGCAAGGAAACGGCGGAUCGAUUGUCAUGAUUGCGUCCAUCGCUGCUCAUUGUGCCAUUCCAGCUCAGCGGGUUUCAAUUUACGGUGCCUCAAAGGGCGCUAUCAAGCUUUUGGGGAAGACACUUGCAGUCGAGAUGGCCCCAUUCAACAUCCGCGUCAAUACUAUCUCUCCUGGAUUUAUUGCAACUAAAAUGUCAGCACAAUUCGCCGAUCUCCAGGAGGUGUUCAGAACAGCACCACCAAUGGGACGUAUUGGACAGCCUGAGGAUCUGGCACUUGCCGUAGGCUAUCUACUAGGCGAUGGAGCUUCGUAUACAACAGGUACAGAUAUUGCUGUGACUGGAGGACUGCACAAUGGGCGCAUUGAGUUCUAA